GGAGGGGGCGGAGCACUGCGAGCCACACGACCCGGAUUUUACAGAUCAUGUGAUAAAUAUACCCGGAUGGAGCUGCCCGUGGAAUGGCGGGAAAUUGGAAAAUCAGUAACUUUCUCCGCUGAGGAUUCUGCUGGUUUCAUGGUGGAGGCCAUGAAGGACCUCGGUAAUCUAAAUGCACGGACGUCUUCCAUGGCUGUCUCGGCACACGGGACUCUGGCAGCGUCAAUGUUCUGCGGAUGUGGAAUCCAAGAAGAGUGUGGAGAACCUACCCUUCACAGGUCAGGCUCUACUUGGGGAUGCGUGGAUCUCCACGGCAACCGCGGCUAUGCCACCAAAGGAAGAUAUGCAGGUCGAAGCACAUAUUGACAAUGCAUUGAGAAGGCAUACGUUUCUACCUCUUGAAGGCUUACUACAGAAGGAUUCCAGUUCCCAGAAAUGCAGCAAGGAAUUUCUUCUGAAAAUUGACAAGCUCAUUUGCAGGGAACUGCAAAAGAAUAAAGUGAAGAAUGUAUCACUUGUGCUUAAUGUUAUUUUUAAGUAUGCGAACUAUAUGACCACAGAUGGUGAAGAGUGGCUUACUACAGUGAUUAAGCAGGGAAUAGUGGAAAAGAUGGUUGCUUGGUUUGAAAAGAUCAGAGACCUUUUAAUGCAUGCAGGAAAUGUGAAGAAUGAAGCUUUACUCACUCUAAGCGAAGAUUACUUUGAUGUAGUCAUGGUUGUUCAUGACCACAAUAGUGAUGGUCAAAUCCAGGUGCUUGAACACUUUAUUUCAAGAACUUGCUCUUUAGUAUCAGAUACAAAUGUCAAUACAUUCAUCAAACAGGAGGCUGUACGCAAAGUGAAUCUAUUGCUGGACACAGUUCCUCGAGAGGCCAGAAAAAACCUGAUUUUUACUAAAGAGAUGAUGUCUACUAUGUCUUCUAUGGGGAAAAGGAUUUUAGAUGCCGGAGAUUAUGAUUUACAAGUGGCAAUUACAGAGGCGUUGUGCAGAAUGACAUCAGAAGCUCAAAGGGGAGAGCUGGCUAGCAACUGGUUUCCGAUGGAUUUCAUCACUGAUGCAUUCAAAAAAAUUAAAGAUUCUGAUUUUGAAACCGAUUGCAGAAAAUUCCUUAACCUGGUGAAUGGCAUGCUGGGCGAGAAACGAAGAGUUUUUACAUAUCCUUGUCUCUCUGCAUAUUUGGAUAAUCACAAGCUCCGUAUACCUUCUGAUGAAAAGCUAGAAGAGUUCUGGAUUGAUUUCAAUGUUGGGACCCAAAGCAUUUCCUUCUAUGUUUCUACAGAUAACAACAGCGAGGAUCACCAGUGGGAAACUGUGUGUUUGACAACAAGCGAAGUGGAUAUGUACAACAUAGAAGCAAUAGGCAAUGAAAGAUUGCUAACAGUCAAUUUAAACACACCAGUUAUUGUUGGUCAGAAAAGGGGGACUCAGAUACGUAUAUAUUUUGACUCUGCGUUGGAUAUUUCUGAUGUAGCCAGAAAGGUGUUUAGCACAGACAAAUUUAAGGAUUUCACAAAGAAGCAAAGUGUUUCAGUAGCAAAAACAGCAGUGCACAUUGUUUUCGAUGAAAGUGGAUCUCAGAUCGUCAUUCCUGAAAGCCAGGGAUCAAUCCGUUCUUCAAAGAAUGUGACUGUGGUCAGUGCCAGUGAUGUGAGCAAAAAAACCCAGAUUCCUUUAUCAACACCAUGCCAUAAUCUGCAAACCUCCCAUGAGAAUAAUGGCCAAAGCCAUGCUAAGUUAGUUACACCAAGUCGAAAUAAAGUUUCAGAGGCAUCAAUGAAUAUUACCAUAACUGGUGGUUUCAAAGCAGGUAACCCUUCUGCAUUAACAUCAACAUCAACAUUGGAGAAAGCGAGGAAAAAAACACCGCUAAUAAUAGUUAACUCAGCUGAAAAAAACACAUUUGUUGUACCAAACAAAAAAGAAGGCACAAAUUGCACAAAACAAACUAGCUUUCAGAAGCAAAUACAUACAGCUGCUGACCUUGGAAAUGUGCAGUCCGAAGCAGAUAUUGGAAGCAUUCCAAAGGGAGAUGAGCAGACUGAGAUUGUUCCAGACACACAGUUUACUUAUGUAAAGAAUUCACCUCUAUUGGCUUGUCUCACAGAGAGAUACCUGGGUUUGAACAAGAAGUAUUCAGAUUCUACAUGUCAGUAUGAGAGAAUAAGUAUACCAAGUGAAUUUAUAUGUAAUAAAGAAAAAGGUGCCAGUGAUAUUCUUGUCAAACAGCAAGCCUGCCAUGCAGUAUUUGAGGAUGAAAAGUGCCUACAAAACACAAAAACAACAGUUUCCAGCAACCAGAAGACAAAGCUGCAGCCUCAAGAAACAAAAACAAAUAAAAAAAUUGGCCUAAGUACACAGGCUAAGGAAAAAAAUAUUGAAAGGCAUGAAAGGAAUAUUUGUUCAAAGAUAGAUACUUCCUUAAACACAAGUUCCCAAACUUCAAAGAUCCAUUUACAUCCGGAUAUUUCUGCUACGAAAUCCAAGCCAGAUUGUGGUUGGAAAGGGACUGGAAAUGUAAUAAAGUCCAAGAAUUCACGGGAUGCAGCUAAGCAGAAAAAUGCAGAAAAAGAAAUGAAUGAAAAGGCCAAAGGUCUUCCAGAUGCAGCACGGUCACUAAUUAGCAAAAUAGGAAGCAAGUACUUUAAAGAAGCUUUAAAAAGAAAGCAAGAACAUACGUCAGUGAGCUAUAAUAACCUAAUGCAAAUUCUAAAUAAAAACAACAGUCAAUCAAAGAAGGAGAAAGGGCAAAGUCAAACCUUUAAACCCAAAGGAAAUAAAGAAUCAAACAUGGGCAAAGGAGAUGAGCCUUGGGAUGAUGUUUACAGUUUUCACUCUCUGGGAUGUGAUGACCCUACAAUAGAACUUGGGGUAUCUUCACUUGUUCUAUCAGAACAAAUAGGUAGCAACACAAAGUCCAAAGCAGAGAAAUUGUCGGAGAAAAAGCCCAAAAAUAAAAUAGAGAAUGAACAAAAGAUUAAAGACACCUUUACGCAUCUGUUUAGUAACACUGAUAAUGACAGAGGCGGUGAUGAUAGCAAAACAGAUAUUAGCUGGUUACAAGACCCUGCUAGCAAAAGAAAGCUCAAUACAUUUUCAUACAGCAGACAUAGGCAUGUGAAACAGCCAGAAAAGACCUUACCAUGCAAAGCAAAAGACAUUAUUAAACAGAGAAAAAAAGAGAAGGCAAAGCAAUGCAAGGAAUCAUGUGAUGUAAAUGUAGACACAGAGGAUGCCAAAGACAGUGCUAAGCAAAUAAAGCUAAAGCGACCACAGAGAGCAGCUGUGAAGAGGAAAAACUAUAGAGAGCAUUCUGAUUCUGAGUCAGGGGAAGAGCCUACCCCAGCAAGCAGAAAAGAGGCAUGCAAAUAUCAGGAUGAAUUACAAACAGUUAUGAAACCACUAUGUAUAGAAAUGCAGAAGAAACCAAAAAAUCCCAAUUCCAAAAAACAUCUGAACAAACCAUCAAAAACAGAGGACAAAUCAGUUGCUUGCAAGAUGACAAAGCCUGUGUACAAGAAAAUUGCAGUAUCUCCUGUGUGCUUAAGUCCCGAUUCUAUUGAACAGAUUAGAGCUGAACAUUCCGAUACAGAAUUACCAUCCAGACAUGAAACUGUCACUCCGUGUUCCCCCUCGUUGUCCACCUCUCCUCCACAAGCGACUCCUGAGAAGUUUCUAAACAUUUCAGCAUCCAUGAAAAAUAUAAGCACACACUGGGCCCAGUGCAGUGACAGGUCAACACACAAGACUGGGAAAGAACAUGAUGUAUGUGAGACUGAUCAAGAAUCAUUAUCUCCACCUCCUAGCAACGUGUCACUGACCACUUUAAAUCUGGAUCACUCUACUAUAAGUGGUGUAAAUAUUCUAGAAGAUAAAUUUAAUGAGCAGAAUUUGAGAACAUCCUCACCCAUUAUAAGCAAAACUGUGAUUCAAGCACAUCAGGACAAUAGUUGUACCUCGUUCCAUUCAAAAUCAAUUGUGAGCAGAACUUGUAGCUCUGAAGUUACACAUGUAAAUAUCCAUGAAUCUGGUGUCACAUUAAAUAACACCAGAUCAUACCUCAAACUCAAACAACAUGAGAAUAUUGACACAGAAGAAAGAAGCUAUGAAGUUAAACCCAAGAAAAUAAAACUGCUUCCUCGUAGGUUAUUCUCAUCUACAGAUAAAAAGGAGACCAAAGUUUCAGGAAGUGUGUCCACUGUGUCUGGAAAUGAUCUGUCCACAAUGGAUAAUGAUGCGUGGGAUGGGAGUGAUUCCAAUGUUGGUAUGAUGUGCCAGAAAAUCAGCAAGGAAUUCACCAGAAAAAUUCAGGAUCGCUCUAGAAAAAUGGAUUGUUUCACAAAGCAGUCACUGAAGUCAGCUCAGAAACACCUGACCUCAAUGGAUGUCCAAGUAAAGGAGUGCAGAAUCAUGCAUCUGGAAAAAUUUCAACAGACUGUGUUAGAAGAGAUCGAGAACUUUGAAAAAGAUUCCCAGACAUUAAAACAGAUGGAAAAAGAAUUCACAAAUUUCUGGAACAAACAGACACAAACGUUAAGCUUCUAUCACAAAAACGAACAGAGGAGGAUUCAUAGUCUCAAGGCUUCAUUUGAAAAGAAUGUUUCCCACAGUACUGACUAUGAAGACAAGAUCUAUAACUCUGAAAUGCAUAAUAUGAAAGAAAAUAUGAAGACUGUUCAAGAACGACUUUUGAAAGAAAUGCAAGAAGAGGAACUUCUCAGCGUAAGAAGGGGACUUCGGUCUCUCUUUAUGACAGGAGCAGGUCCCUUUUAAUACGAAUAUUGUGCGAGAAAUGCACUUAUGUCCACUUUCUUACCAAGCAGAAUGUAUGCCAUUUUAUCCAAUAAUGGUAGCUUAUUGGUUUCAGUUUUCUCUUUUUGUUCAUUUUGUUAAUUAUUGUUAAUUACAAAAGUGGUUAAGUAUAACCCCUGCCAAUAGCUCCACAGGAAACUGCUUAUCAGUAUUUCCUUUAGGAUAUGUGAAGUGCAAAAAACUAUUUAAGCACUGAUUUUACAUACCAUGUUUCUUUACAACCCUACAGGAUUUAUUGUUUAUAAGGAUUCUAGCUCCAAUUAUAUUGUUUUCAAUGAAACGUUAGACUCUAAUGCUAAUUGCUACUGACUUGUGUAUAUCAUACAUCUCCUUAUUUGAAAGUUAGUGUUUCAUUUUGUUUGAAUAAAGU